AUGGACGGCACCCAGGGCACGACUAUUUCCAACGGCACAUCCCAACGUCGCAAGCUCACCAAGAAACCUCCCUCGUCCUACCAGCAACAUACCCGCUCCUCGAGUGGUCUCGAUGGUGGCAUCGACGCCCUAUCUCUCCAGAGCAAACGCAGCUCUACUUCGCUGAGACGCGCUCCUUCCGCUCCACCUGCUCGGACGACUCCCUCAAACGCUGCCGCUGCCGCUUCGGCUGCCAUCCAUCCCGGCGUUGCUUCUUCUGCCGCUUCCAACAACUCUUCUCCCCGUCAUCUUCCCUUAAGUCAGACGCACCUUCCCAAUCCCUCCCCCAUCCUGCCUCAGGGUCAGUUCGCCGGAGCCGCUCCUUCCCCGACUGCCUACCACCACCCCCAGACCCAGACCCAGGCCCAGACCUCCACCUUCCACGGCCACGCCAACGCCAGCACCGCCUUCUCUCCUCACCUCCAUCAGAACUUUAACCUCCCGUCCAAUUUUUACCAAAACAACAACAACAACAACAAUACCACCAUCUACACCACCAACAACAACUCUGCCGUCGGUAACGGAGUUGGUGUUGGUAUCGCCCACAGCAGUGAUCGACCCGUCGAUCCCACCGCCAUAACUCUGUCGUCACAAACCCACGACGACUUCAUCGGCGCUCCUUUUGACGGUGCUGCGGUUCUGAACCGCAUUGAGCAGACGAAAUCGCCCGUCGCCGCUCAACCACAGCCUCACCAGCCCUUCUACCAGCGACAUAACGCCCCUCCGCCUCCCCUCAUCAAGUCGGCGACCGAUUCGCGCAUCAGAAGCCCUGCCCUUCGACAGUCACGCAGCUUCACGAACGAUUUUUCAAUGAUGAACGAAAAAUCACAAGGUGGCCGGGUAACGGAUAACUCAAUGAUCAGCCCCAAGCGGUACUCGGACGAGGCAAAGGAGCCUCGGAUGGGCGUCCUGCGCAAGAAGUCGGGUUUCUCUGGCUUCAUGAACAGCCUGGUCGGCACCCCCAAGAAGCCGGUCAUCUCGGCCCCUGAGAAUCCUGUUCAUGUCACCCACGUCGGCUACGACAGCUCCACUGGCCAGUUCACUGGUCUCCCGAAGGAAUGGCAGCGAUUGAUCAACGAAAGUGGAAUUCCCGAGAAGGAACGAAGGGAGAACCCCCAAACCAUGGUUGACAUCAUCACUUUCUACAAGGAGACGACCGAGAAGCCGGCCGAGGAUCAAGUCUUGGAGAAGUUCCACGAUGCCAGAGCGCCUGAUUACCGUCAGUAUGCGAGCUCAAACUCGCCGUCGGGUGCCAUGUCGCCGGGCAUGUAUCCGCCAACAGCUUAUAUGGGUAUGUCACCAAUGAUCAGUCCACCUGCGAGCCCUAGGUUUCCAACUGUCAAUCAUGAAGGAUCUUUCGAAAACCCCCGUCAGCCGCCCCCCGUCCCCGGAGUUGGUGGAGGCAAAGGCUCCAGCAACAAGGACAUCAACUUGAUGCCUAGCCGCCCGGCCCCGAAGCCGCCCGUCAGCCUCCCGAUGAGGUCCGCUCCCUCCCCCUACCCCGCCAAGGACUCCGGUAUUGGCAUGUCUCAGCCCGGCGAGGACCUGCCCCCGGUCGCAUACCAGCCGCCCAAGGAGAACGUUCCCAUGCUCCCCGAGGAGCACCGCGGAGAACACCGAUCUCGAUCCCGAUCCAACUCGCGCGUCGGCGCCUCCCCCGGCUAUGUACCCCCUACUCCUAAUCCGCAGAAUGCCCAGGCGAGUCUGUACCAGCAGCAGCUCAUGCAACAGCAACAAGAGCAGGCCUUGGCCCAAGCUCAAGCGGCCAUGUCUGGCCAAAUUAGCCGUGCCCCGAGCAAGAGACAGCCCGCUCAGCAGCCGACACCGCCCCAGUCGCAGCACCAGCACCCCCAGGGUCCCACGGCCAAUGGCGGGCCUGGUCAGCGACAGCAGGUGGGCGUUCCUGGCGCCCCUGGCUCCAGGCCCCGACACCGUCCCCGCCAGAGUACUGGCAUCGACGUCGUCGCUGCACUGAAGCGCAUCUGUUCCGACGGGGAUCCUCGUGAAGUGUACAAGAACUUCAAUAAGAUUGGACAAGGCGCGUCUGGCGGUGUUUACACUGGCUACGAGCGAGGAACCAACCGGCUGGUCGCCAUCAAGCAGAUGAACCUCGAGCAGCAGCCCAAGAAGGAUUUGAUCAUCAACGAAAUCCUUGUCAUGAAGGACAGCUCUCAUCCGAACAUUGUCAACUUCAUAGACAGCUAUCUUUGCGGAGGCGAACUCUGGGUCGUGAUGGAAUUCAUGGAAGGUGGUAGUCUGACUGAUGUAGUCACGUUCAACAUCAUGACCGAAGGACAGAUUGCCUCUGUCUGCCGGGAAACGCUUAAGGGCCUGCAGCACCUCCACUCCAAGGGUGUCAUCCACCGCGACAUCAAGUCGGACAACAUUCUCCUGUCGAUGGAGGGCAAUAUCAAGCUGACUGACUUUGGUUUCUGCGCAACCAUCAACGAGGCCCAGAACAAGCGUACCACUAUGGUUGGCACGCCUUACUGGAUGGCCCCUGAAGUCGUCACGCGCAAGGAGUACGGACGCAAGGUUGACAUCUGGUCUCUUGGUAUCAUGGCUAUUGAAAUGAUUGAGGGAGAACCGCCUUACUUGACAGAGUCUCCCCUGCGAGCGUUGUGGUUGAUCGCUACCAACGGCACACCCCACAUCAAGGAGGAGUCCAACUUGUCGCCAGUGUUCCGUGACUUCCUUUACUUCGCACUCAAGGUUGAUCCCGAGAAGAGAGCAAGCGCACAUGACCUCCUUAGACACGAGUUCAUGAAGGGCUGCGUAGAUCUUUCUCAGCUGUCACCGUUGGUGCGUGCCGCUAGAGAAGCACGUCUUGCAGAGAAGGCUAGAAAGGGACAGUAG